AUGUCUUCUGAGGACUUCAUGGAAAACCCUCAACUUGAAAAGCCACCCACCCCAGGUGGAUUCCAGAACACGGAGGCUCUUGGCUCCCCAGUACCAUCUGUUAAGCUCAGCCAGUUGUCUGACAUCCAUCAUGGAUCUCAGCCAUUCACCAAGCUGAAUAUGCACGAGAUAGAGAAAAUGUUUGAGGAGGACAAGACUGGAGCCUUGGACCUGGAAGCUUUCAUCAAGGCCACGAAGAAGGUUCUGGGCAGAGUGUCAGAUGAGAUGCUAGAGGCACUGUUUUUGAAGGUAGACUCGGACUGUAAUGGCAUCGUCACCUGGGAAGAGUGUAUGGAUUACAUGAUGCGCGAGUUCCAGGGGAAGGAGGAGAUGAGGAAGAACAAGUACCGCCUGCACUUCUCCCUUCCCAUGAAGGUCGUGCCCCUGAAUCAUGGCUGUGAGGUUGUGAAAGUGGAUUUUUUAGUCCACUGUUACAAGAAGAAGGGGUAUUUUAAGAAGACGGGAUGUUUCCUGACUGUCACCAAAGACGGGGUCCUGCAGUUCUGGUCUGAGACCUUCUUGCUGAUUAAGUCCUUUCAGCUUAGCCUGCAGCUCCACAACCAGCAGAUAUUGGUCACCGACAUGGUGUGUCUGCACAACCUGAACCUCGUCGCGGUUGCAUCUACUGAACAGAAGAUAGAGUUCUUUGAUAUUAGUAACGAUAAAUGUGUCCGUUCCUUCACCUUUAUUGAUUUGGACAGCUGUGUCCUGGUCAUGGACUACUGGUCUGACGGUCACAGAGGUGUGUUCUGCUCUGGGGACACCAAAGGCAGCGUCAUGAUCUUCACGUCUGACAAUGUGACCAAUGGACUGUUAUUCAACCCCAAAAUCCUCCCCAAGACCUCCAGACGGGAUCACUGGAUGAAUAUUUCCAUGCAACAGCUCUUAAAUGAGAAGUCCACUACAUAUAGAAAUUACCAAAUGAAGGGUCUCCAUCGCAACUGGUGUCAACAGGUCAAGUUCAUCCCCCAGCUGAAUCUGGUGGGCUCCUGUUCUGCCAUUGAGAAAUCCUCUCUGGUGCUGAUAAUAUUGCCAUCCAAGGUCCCCGAGAAACCCAAGUUGCUACGCUUGCAUCUAAAAAAAGGGGUUCUUUGCUUUAAUUACUGCCCAGACACGAACUUCCUAGUGACAGGUGGCUACGACUCCUUUAUCCGCCUCUGGAACCCCUUUUUCUCAAGAAAGCCUAUGUUGCUGAUGAAGGGACAUCAGACCUCAGUGACACACAUCGUCGUGAGCAGCAAGAACAAUAGCGUCCUCAUCAGUAUCUCCAAGGACAAGAAUAUCCGCGUGUGGGACAUGCAGGACCGCAUCUGUCUCCAGUCUUUCUGCGGGAAGUUUUUUGCCCUGGGAAACUGCCCCAUCACCAGCGCCUACUUCCAUGGAGAUGAUACCCUCAUCUGCAGCACCUAUUCAAUUGGGAUCCUAAAAGGGUACUUAAAGGCCCAGGGGCCUUUGAAAGGAGGAAAGAUCACAACUCACAAUGCACCCCUGUGCGCUGUCCUCUACAGUAAGGUCUUCAAGCAGGUGGUGAGUGGCUGCCUGCACGGCUCAGUGAGUGUAUGGGAGGUUGUGACGGGCAGGAAGAUGAUGGAAUUCUCUGUGUCCGGUGCCCAACACGUGGAGCUGACCACCAUGGCCCUGAAUGAAUCUGAGCGGUGCCUACUCACAGGCUUGCGUGAUGGCACAAUGAAGAUGUGGAAUUACAACAUUGGUGAAUGCCUUUUGGCCUUUCCCAAUCCAGACCAUCUGGAGAUUACUGGGAUUAUCCACAUGAACAAAAUGUUCUACGUGACAGGAUGGAGUAAGAGAAUCACUUAUUACAUGUUCCACCAGACAGAGCCAGUGCUCCUGUGCUACCACUGGCAGACCUACCACGCAGAAGACGUCCUGAGCAUGGCCAAGUACAAGAACCAGUUCUUCGGGACCUCCUCCUACAAUGGGGACAUCCUCUUCUGGGACACCGAUGCAUUCAAGCCCACCUUUAAGUUCAAUGCUUCUCAGAGCCCUUCGCCUUUGCCUCCCAGGAGGGUGGGAGACAUGAACAAACGCCUGGUUGAGAGCCACAGGCCCAGCAAACCCUGUAUAGAGGAGGAGAAAUGGGCAUAUAAGGCCCCCAAGAAGUUCCUUGGCUCCGGCGCCAGGACUGCGACCAACGCCAAUCUGAGGCGGAACCUGAUGUCAGCCCCCCCGGUGAUGAGACCUGAGAGAGUCAAGGGGCCAGAGAGGCCUGUGUCCCAGCAGAAACAGUCCAGCGCUGGUGCAUGCAGGCAGCUAGGCAAGUCCCGUGGCCGACAGGCUGCAAUCCCAGGGGUUAACGUGAGAAAAGAGGAAUCCCAGAAAGUGUUGCUGCAGUCGGGAGCGUCAUCCAGCACGAUGUCGUCAUCGUCAUUGUCGCCAUUGCCGUUGUUGUCAUCAUCAUCUUUGUCGGUGGAGAAGGUUGGCUGUGCUCAGCCAGGGAGUGGGCAGUCAGAAGGGGCUGGGGGGCCUGGGCUAGGGGAGCCCACCUCUCUCCCACAGAUCAUCUUCCUGCAGACCAGACCUUGCCUGCCACACACAGCUGCCCUGCUGAGCAGCUGUAGCAAUGGCUACAUCUAUGCCUGGUCCAUCCAUGCAAAAGGAGGCCUGUUGGGGAGGUUCCCUGUGGACCUCAAAGGCGAUGGAGAUAUUGUCGUGGGUGCCAUGGCCACUGACAAAAAUGACUGGAUCCUCAUCACAGGGGAUUGCAAAGGACAAAUCAAGAUCUGGGACAUCAAGGAUUACUGUGUAUUCUCCGACCAGCUGGCCUCCCAGUUCAGUGGAGCUAAGGGCAGCUCUGAAACAGAGAACAAGUUUCGGGUCUUAAUUCCUCCACAACCUGGGAUCAACUUCUCGCGCGUUCCCUUGGAUGAGAAAGAGGUUGUAGCUGGCCAGACCAUCUCCCUGGUGCCCCCUCUGCUCCUGAUUACCUGGAAGGCCCAUUUGGAUAGUGUGGCAGACGUCCUGUAUGUGGACAGCUUCCAGCUGGUGAUCAGUGCUGGCCAGGACCAGAACGUCAAGGCUUGGAAAGUCUCCGGUAAAGCCAUCGGAACAUUUGGCCUGAGUGUGUGGAAAAGACUCCAGGAUGCUCCUGAUGAUCUUCAUGAACAAAAAGCAAGCUUUGAGAAGAUCAUUUCCACAGGCAUCACCACCAAGGCCUUCCAUCAGGAGCUGCAGGAGGAGAAGGAUCUCGCUGCGGCCCUGGUGUACCAAAAACGAGAGCAGACGGCGCUGCUGGCCCUCCUGGAUGGGGCGGCAGAUACAGAGGCACACGCUUGGGCCAAGCUGCAGAAACUGUCUCUGAUGUCCCCGUGGGCUGGAGUGCACUCACCAAAAGAAAUUGAGGAUAGCUGGAGCAAAUGGGAGUCCCAGGGCAAGCAGGUGAGCAAAGUCUUGGGAACAGCAUACAAGCCCAAGAGGCACGGGCAGAAAAUCAAGGUCCUGCCCCCUCCAGUGCAGUAUGGCUGGAUGAAGCAUCAGAUCUUUCCACGGAUCUUCCAAAGCCUGCCCUUGAGCAAGAUGACGCCCGCCCAGCAGCCUGACUUCCGUGUUAGCAGAGCCCUGCUUGUCAGUCUGGCACCCCAGCAUGUUCAGAAGGGCCUGGAGACUGACAGGGAGCAGGAGGUGACAGAUGUCACAGCCAGCAUGGGCACGACCCCCUCGUCCCCCUCUUCCUUGCUGUCCAUGGCAGCCUCAGCCUUAGCCUCCACCUCGCCCACAGUCUCGAGGCCCCAGUCCUCCAGCUUCAUGCUGCGUCCCUGGUCAGCCUCUGCGGCCCAGUCCACACACUUGGUGCCAUCACCCAUGACUAAGUCCAGCCUGCAGAGGUCAGUGACCUCUGUACCCAAUGUUGCCUCUCUCGGACAGUUCCCAAGGCCUCUGAAGACAACCUCCAUGUCCUCCGUGAAGAAGGGCUCCCACAUCAGGUUCUAA